ACCGAUUCCGACCGAUGUGCUCGUCUGUCGCUUUGUCAGGUGUAUGCGCGUCUUGUGAAUUUCUAUCGGAUGUUUGUGAAUGAAAACAAGCGAAAAUACAUGUUUUCGUGGAUGAAUGUGCGCUCAAACGGCCUAUUUAUAAAAUAUAACGAAGAACCAAUCAUAAUUAAUGUGUAUUUAUGUGACAAAACAACGUUUUACCCCGUGUCUAAAUUACGAAGAGGGCAUUCAUGUUUAUAAAUAUUGAUUUGUUACAUAUCGUGUUUUCUAAGGAUUUUAUUGUGUCCCGAAACGUGAAGUGAGAUGUAGGGAAUAUAACAACGUGUAAAAGUCAUUAGAAUACGAAAAUGCAACAGUUAGUCCAAAUUUACAUGGAAGCGAUCGAUGGUGUAAUCUUGUGUUCUAUUUAAUUGUGUUAUUUUUGUGUUAAGUGCGUGUUUUUAUGACAAUGGAGGGGACUACAGAGAAGGAUUGUUCACCGUUAUGGAAUCUGUACCAGCAGAUCGUGUCGGAAAUGAAGAACAGCGCACCGAUGUGGGAGGAGUUUAUAUCAAAAGCUACGAAACUCCACUCAGCAUUGAAGUCAGCCCUGGUUGCGAUUGCAGCCUUCCUGGACGCAUUCCAGAAGAUUGCAGACGCUGCCACGAAUGCUAGAGGUGCAACUAAGGAGAUCGGUACCGCUUUGACGCGCGUCUGUCUACGUCACAGAGCUAUCGAGACGAGGAUGAAGACGUUUAUAAGCGUCCUAAUGGACACUUUAAUAACACCGCUGUCAGAGCGAGCGGACGAAUGGCGUCGCGGCACUUGCUCAACUGGUGCUCUCUCCCGCGAACACGCGCGGGAGUGCAAGCGUGCCCGCGCGGAACUGCGUCGCAGGGUGACGGAGGCGCAGCGACAUGCGCGGAAGGCGAGGCGAGCGCCGCCCGAUGCUAAGAAGAGGGCUGAUGUUUGUAUGCAGGAUAUACAAGAGCGUAAACAACAACUAGAAGACAUGGAAGAGAAGGCGGUGAAAGCCGCGCUCAUCGAGGAACGAAGCCGCUUCUGUCACUUCGUGUCGCUGCUGAAUCCCGUUGUGGAGUGUGAAGUGGCAAUGCUAGCGGAGGUUGGGCACCUGCAGGAGGGCAGCGAGCAGCUCAUCCGACACACGGCCGAGCCUAGGACCUUACCUGCUGCUAGUUUACAGGUGAUAUGCGACAUAAAGUCCUGCUACAGCGGCUGGGCGGAGAGUGGGUCGGCGCCGCACUCGCCGUCGGCGUCGCGGCUCGGCAGCCGCAAGUCCUCACUCACUUCUAUAUCCUCGCUCAACAGCCAGUGCUCUGAUCAUACGCAGCAUGGUGUUUCAGGGUCGACAGUGAGUUGCUCGACCCCGAUAUCGAACGCGUCAUCCGCCGGCACCCUCCCCGCGCCCACCAGCGACUCGCACCACUGUCUCACACAGUCCGCGUUCCGGCUGUCGAGUGUAUGCAGCGCGGAUUCAGGCUUCAGGUCGCAAGACGCCUUACAGCGACGCUCGCUCUACGUUGACAAUGGUUCGGACAAUCAGAGCGUGAGCAGCGAGUGUAUCACUCAGGCGAAGAGCCACAUUGAUGACGAACACACCGAUGCACAUGACGUCAUCAGUAAUGCAGCAUCAGCAACUUGGCCAGAUUUGAAGGACACGGCACAAUUUGAGAGGGCUGCUUCGGCCAUCAUGGGAGGAAGACCACAUACUAUUUCAGCAGCGUACGAGCGCGGGCACGCGCGCGCGGCGCUGUGCGCGCACACGUUCGCGCGCGCCGACGCAGACGCGCCGAGAGACACGCAGAUAUAUGCACGACCGCCGCUGCCCACUAGAUGCUCAUCACUAGAGCGCCCAGCCGUGCCUAACAAAUCGGGCAACGCGAACACUUGCCAACAGGAGUUCAAGCCGACAAAACCCUCAUCUUUACCACCACAUCUUACUAAAGAAAUGCCACAAGCCCUGUACGUGAACAUGUCGGAGCUAGCGACACUGGCGGCGUCGCGUGCGCAGCAGCACAACGCCGAACAUCCGCAACAGGAGAAGGUGUGCUCAGAAAGCAGUGCCAGUGAAUCGUCACUAGAAUCGUCCAGCGGUUACGGCAGUCAGGGUGCUUUCGCUGCCGAAGACCACGCGCUCCAACACCAAGUGCAGCACCCUGAUGUCGAAUCCGAAAUUGUCACCCUACGCCGUGACAGCGAGGCAUCAGUGGCCAGCGCAAGGGAAUCCUUCUCCAUAUCUCUCGGGAGUCUGGAAGAAGCCGUCAGGUGUUUAGACGAGGCGAGUGAGACUCCAGCCUUCGCGACCAUCGGCAAGAAGCCAGCUGUGCCCAAACGUAGACCUGUUUCUAUGACUGCAUCAGUAUGGUGCCGUCGCGGGUCGUCGAGCUCGCUGGGCAAGCCGCCGCCGCCCGUGCGACGGUCUUCUUCCAUCUCGCGGCCUCAGAGGGGACAACAGAACACCCAAAGCCCCCAGCUAUGUACCGAAGCGGACAACCUGCCGCCACCACCCGCCUUCUUGCUACAGCCCGACGCCGACGCCGGUGAUUAUGACCCUCACAUAAACGUAGCAGAAACAGUGAAACAACUGACCGAGCUAAAACACAUGCCAGCCUCCCCAGGCAUCGUCCGCCGAAGCUUACAGCAACUACAAAGUCAGAACCAAAAUCAGAAUAACGCCAACCCACAAUCCCCCACCACCCCAUCUCUGUCUACCUUCCAACAAGCUAAGAGCAAUUUUUCGUCGUCAACAAGUUUGAAUAGCACUGGGAAUUUGAACCCUAUUUACGGGCAGACAGGACACAGAAUUAUGGCGUAUGUCGAGAAUUCUAUGUACGUGAGGAAGAAUAGUUUGAAUAGUUCGAACUCGGAUUUGUUGAAUGCUGCGAUUUACGGCGAAAGUCGCGGAUCGCCGCACGGGUCGUCGCCGUCGACGCCGAGCUACGGCGAGAACAACUCGUUCUCUAGCUUCGGGCCUAGAGUCUCUAACGAGUCACAUUAUGGACAGACGGGCUUCAAAAUGCAGCAAGAAAAGAAAUACGGUAACAACACGAUUUACGCUCAACCGUCGGAAAUAAUAGCCGGCUUCAACAACAUGUCCCGACACGACACACUCAGUCCCCUGGCGCUGCGCAAGAACAUCGCCGCCCGCUCACACAGUGCUGACAGACAUCAUUUAGAACAAGGCGGUCUGAUCGCGAGCCUGAGCGCGAAGCUGUCGCCCGCGUCGCCGCGCAGCCCGCGCCGCGCCAUCUCCAGCAUCGCGCCCGCAGACCCGCCCGCUAAGGGGAAAGGUACUGUCCCGAGCGCAGUACAACCCGCGUUCCUGGACAAGCUGUCAGCCACCAUACAGCAGCAACGGCGCCAACUUGACAACACCCGCGCCAACACCGUGCGGGACAUCAUCAAUGCACAUGCACAGCCCGACCCUCGAAUCUGCCAUACUUCGCUGAUGGAGCAGAUCAAACGCGGCGCCACGUUACGCCGCAACAAACACUGCAACGACCGAUCCGCGCCUAAGAUACGCUAGGAUGAGAAACAUCGAAAAAAAUAAAGCACGAUAAAAAUUACAUAAUUUUCACCGGACACUGCAAGUGAGUAUGCGAAUAUGCUAUAUUCGAGAAAUAUUGUAUACAUAUACAAAUAUAAUAUGACGAAACGUUUCACCAUGGAACACGGAAUGCGAAAUUGAAUCCUCCUUGAUUAUUGAUUAUCAAUCAUAAAGAUACAAUUUUAUGAUUAAUGUAACAAAUAUGAAUGACACCGAUUUUCUUGCUCUAAUUUAUUUCAAAAGAGAUAUUUCAAGGUACAGACAAAACUAUCUGUUUAUUUACAUAAUUGCAAAAUUGUACUCCAAAUGGGAAGAUGACACAAAAAUAAAAAAAAGUCCUGAAUAGCUGAUUAAUUUGAAAUUACCAUAUCUGUGGAGUUAUAAUGUAUUUUUGGGGGAAAAUUAUGACGUUAUAAUUAUAAUUUCCUACGUAUUUACAUGAUGCAUUUGGUUGAUUAAUGGUGUCAAUCUACUUAAUUCGAAAAGUAGUUAGAUUCUAUGAUGCUUUUGUAAAUCUACCAUAACAGUAGUUGCAAAAAAAUCGGUAAAAAAUUUCUAGAUCCUGGUUGAAAAUCGCGAAAAAUCAAAAUUAAAAUUCGUGUUCCGUGUUUUCAAAGUGAACAAUGAAAAAUCCCAAAACGAUUGGGUUCAGGACAAUAGUGUAUAAGAUUUUCAAAAUAUAAAAAUGUAUAGGUUUUAAGGGAAAUAAUAUCAAUUUGUUAACAUUACAUAUAUUGAAAAGGUUCAACUAUUUUUUUGCUAUUACUUUAUUUUCAAUGAAUAUUAAUAAUCUACCGAUUUGAUAGACUUUACUGUUGUCCCGUAAGACUUUGUAAUGCGCCGAUUGCUAUCAACAAAAACAUGGUAACGAAAAUUUACUAUAAAAAUAAAUAAUUGUUGAUGACAAUUGAUCGUGUCAAAUUCUGUCAAUGUUCGUGUUUUCUAACAAUUUGUAGUAUACUAUAUUGUAAUGUGAGAAUUCUUUGAGAAAUAUACACUAACAACAUAUCUUUGACUUGAAAAUGUCUUCUUAGUAAAGGGGGUCUCAUGAAUGCGACUGUGAAAAUAUCCCGUCGACUCUUUUUAUAUGUUUUUGAAUAAUUUACAAAAGAUUUUGAUACAAUUGUGUUGAGCACAAUUUUAUUUAGUAUUUAUAUUACCUAUAAUAAUCAAUAAAUAUUCUGUUAAUUUUAAUAAAGUUUAAUAAUAGUUUAAACCUUAGUAUUUUAAGACUAACAGAAUCCAGACACAUAUCGUUGAAAACUCACCUUGUAAGCGACAAAUAAUCGCAUUCAUGGAACCGCACUUUAAUUGAGUGUCUGUGAAAUAUCUUUGCGUACUAUACAUAUAUGUCACAAUGUUUAUAAUAUAUUAUACAUAUAUAUUUAAAUAUAGCGUUUUAUAGAUCAAUAUUGUAGUUUUUUAGGUAGACAAUGUUUUUCACGCUGCAUGUAAAGAAAAUAGCUUAAAACCAUGUAAGUGACAGCAAAUAUUAGGAUUGCUUAUGUUACCUAAAUAACACUAUGUAUAAUAGGUAGCUAUCUAUCAUCAAAAGCGUGGAUAUUCAAAGCUAAAGGCUAAAAAAAAAUCUUUCGAAAAAUAAACAUAGUUUUAUAUAUAUCUUAGAAACUAUUCGCUCGUUUUGAUUUUUAACUUUUUCUAUAUAGUUUGCAACGAGCAGUACUGAAUGCUAUAUGUAAUAAGUUUAUAUGUAAACUAGUGUAAGUGUGUUUAUAGAUCUGUAGGGUAGAUGUUCACAUAUCUGAGUUGAGUUGAAUGAACGUCCAUUUUAAUGUCACCGAAUUAACUUCCUAUUCAAUGUAUCUGUUUUAGUGGAAAUUGGCUUACUCUGAAUUAAAAUAAUAUAAUUUCAAUGCUCAAUAAGUGAUGUUGGGUUUUGUCAUGUAUUAUUUGUUAGCAAAAAGUAUUAGGUAUAUAGAGCUCGCACUUUAUAAUAUUGAAAAAUACAUCUGAUAAUACUUAAUUACAACUGAGCAUCAUUAUUGUCAAAGGGAGGUAGGGAGGAGGUGGUAAUUUUCGAAACUGUUAGGUAUUUAAACGAGAUUUUUCACAAGAUUUAGAUUUUCCAAUUCAUAUCUUUAAGAACUGCCACAAUUUCUCUUUCGAGCAAAAUCUUUAAAACUGUAUAUAUUUUUAAUGUAAGUGAAAAUAAAUACCCUGGGCCGUAGUCAAGCAAAACUGCAAAUUACAGACUUUCUUGGAAGUUUCUCAAAUUGAUGACAUCAAAAGUGCAUAAUUUCGCAACUGCACGCAAUUACCUGCAUUUUUUCCUUUUACUUUUCAUGAGUGCAAUGACACAUGCAGAAUACAUAAUAAAAACGGUGUUGAGGCAAUACCAGGGGUUUAAAAUAAAAUUUAACUUGGCAUAGUUUUUGACACUUACCACAGAAUCUCAAAAUAUGAUCUGAGAUAUAACUAGAUAUUAACGACCAACAACGCAUAUUAAUAAUCUUAAGUACAUUUAUUUACACAGAUAUUAACAUAUUUACAAUACAAAUAAAAAACUGUCCUUGUAAAACAAACAAACAAAAAAAUAAAUAAUCCUAAAUAGGACUGUAGUAAAUUUCAUUCAAUACAAAACUUUAUUAAAAUUCACAGUGUCGCUUACAUCAUUUUAUAUCAACGUCAUUACUCGCCAAAUAUGACAUAUUGAAUGAAACACUCAUUUGCAAAGUUGUCUGUUUUGAAUAUUGGAAUUAACUGCAGUUGGAAUAAAUACUAUAAUAAAGAAUAUUGUAAAAUGUAUUAGAAAGCCUAAUACGCAAUUUUUAAAGCAUUGUCUUUUCUCUAAAAAGCAUGUAUAAUGUCCAUUUGGUACAAGUUUUUACUAUCUGCAUUAAUUUAUUCUAUAAGUUUCCACUAAAAUAGGUACAUUAGAACCUUCCGAUUUACUAAACUAUUAGUUAAGAAGAUACGUAUGUAAUUGAUAUAAAAAUGGUGAAAAUUAUAACAAUAUUAUGUCCCCCAAA